AUGAAAACACUCCUAUUUCUAGCAAUCUGCUUUGCUCUUAUUUCUGCAAGCAAAAAUUCAAUUAAAGAUUCUUUUAUUCAAAAAAGCAUAGAGCAGUCUUAUUUGCAAGCAUCAAAUGAUAAUUCAAACCCCCUGGAUAUGAUUCAACUGUCAACUGAAGUGAGUACUGAAACUGAAUUGUCAACUUAUCAAUCAAGUGUUGAAAGCAUGAUUGAUACAAUUCGUACAUUUAUUCUUUCUUUAGUCAAAGGAACUGGAAAUAGCGAGGUUGAAGCAGUAAUUGACGCAAUUAGAACACUUAUUCUUAGCCUUGUCAAAACCUAA